AUGCUAAAAAUUAUGCUGGCACAAUCUAUAAAAGCCUACAUCUUAGUCAUCCCAGUCAAUCCAUUCGUCCUAGUGAUCCCAGUCACCCUAGUCAUCCCAGUCAUCCCAGUUAUCUUAGUGAUCUCAGUCAUCCAAGUCACCCUAGUCUUCCUAGUCAUCCCAGUCACCCCAGUCAUCCUAAUCAUCCCAGUCACUUUAGUCAUCCUAGUGAUCCCAGUCAUCCCAGUCACCCUAGUCAUCCUAGUCAUCCCAGUCACCCCAGUCAUCCUAGUCAUCCCAGUUAUCCCAGUCAUCCUAGUCAUCCCAGUAACCCUAGUCAUCCGAGUGAUCCCAGUUAUCCCAGUCACCCUAGUCAUCCUAGUGAUCCCAAUCAUCCCAGUUACCCUAGUCAUCCUAGUGAUGCCAGUUAUCCCAGUCAACCUAGUCAUCCUAGUGAUCCCAGUUAUCCUAGUCAUCCCAGUCGUCCUAGUCAUCCCAGUCACCCUAGUCAUCCCAGUCAUCCCAGUCACCCUAGUCAUCCUAGUGAUCCCAGUCAUCCUAGUCAUCCCAGUCACCCUAGUGAUCCCAGUCAUCCCAGUCACUCUAGUCAUCCUAGCGAUCCCAGUCGUCCUAGUCAUCCCAGUCACCCUAGUGAUCCUAGUGAUCCCAAUUAUCCCAGUCAUCCCAGUCAACCUUGUCAUCCUAGUGAUCCCAGUUAUCCUAGUCAUCCCAGUCGUCCUAGUCAUCCCAGUCACCCUAGUCAUCCUAGUGAUCCCAGUUAUCCCAGUCAUCCCAGUCACCCCAGUCAACCUAGUCAUCCUAGUGAUCCCAGUUAUCCUAGUCAUCCCAGUCGUCCUAGUCUGCUAGUGAUCCCAGUCAUCCCAGUCACCCUAGUCAUCCUAGUGAUCCCAGUUAUCCCAGUCGUCCUAGUCAUCCCAGUCACCCUAGUCUUCCUAGUGAUCCCAGUCACCCCAGUCACCCUAGUCUUCCUAGUGAUCCCAGUCACCCCAGUCAUCCUAGUGAUCCCAGUCAUCCCAGUCACCCUAGUCAUCCCAGUCACCCUAGUCACCCUUGUCAUCCUAGUCAUUCCAGUCACCCUAGUUAUCUUAGUGAUCUCAGUCAUCCCAGUCAUCCUAGUCUUCCUAGUCAUCCCAGCCACCCCAGCCAUCCUAGUCAUCCCAGUCACCCUGGUCAUCCUAGUAAUCCCAGUCAUCCCAGUCAUCCUAGUCAUCCCAGUCAUCCUAGUCAACCCAGUAACCCUAGUCAUGCGACUGAUCCCAGUUAUCCCAGUCACCCUAGUCAUCCUGGUGAUCCCAGUCAUCCCAGUCACCCUAGUCAUCCUAGUGAUCCCAGUCAUUCCAGUCACCCUAGUCAUCCUAGUGAUCCCAGUUAUCCCAGUCGUCCUAGUCAUCCCAGUCAUCCUAGUCUUCCUAGUCAUCCCAGUCACCCUAGUCAUCCUAGUGAUCCCAGUCAUCCCAGUCACCCUUUUCAUCCUAGUCAUCUCAGUUAUCCCAGUCAUCCUAGUCAUCCCAGUCACCCUAGUCAUCCUAGUGAUCCCAGUCAUCGCAGUCACCCUAGCCAUGUUAGUAAUCCCAAAAACUUCAGUCAUCUUUGUCAUCCCAGUUGUCAGUAUCAUCCCAGUCAUUCCAGUCAUAGAAGUCAUAGAUUCCAGUCCCAGUCAUGUUAUUUAUUCCAGUAAUUCCAGUCAUCAGAGUUAUAGUAGUCACGCUAGUUAUCCUUGUCAUCACAGUCAUCCCAUUCAGUUACUAAGCCAGACAGUCAUUUGAAUAGAUCAACGUGGUAAGAAAUUUGAAGGGUACAAUAUGGACUGCAUAUCUGCACCAACAGGUACUAUAAUAACAACCUCAUAAUAAUAAUAAUAAUAAUAAUAAUAAUAAUAAUAAUAAUAAUAAUAAUAAUGAUAUGGAUUCCAUAUUAUUAUUAUUAUUAUUAUUAUUAUUAUUAUUAUUAUUAUUAUUAUUAUUAUUAUUAUAUUAGCAGAACUUGGCUAUUGAUUUAAACGUUGUGACAGUUGAACAAAGUCGACAAAUGCUAAUCCAGGAGAAAACUUAUAAUGAUCACGGUUUUUGCAUUUAAGUUUUCUGAUUAUGAGUACUUCACCAACAAGUGCAUGUCUCUUGGAAUUUUAGCAAUCAAUCAAAUAAUUUUGUUCUUGAAACCAAAAAGAUUUCAAUGCGUUUCAGCUGUCUUUGUCUUGUGAUUCCCUGCCGCCAUGAAAGUGGCGAUUGCAAGCAUUUAUUUAAUAUAAAAUGUCCAAUUCAAACAAAGUUCAACAGAAAUGCUAAAUGUACCCCUUAAAAAUAAUGGUUUUACUUGCUUGGUCUUAAAGUACCAAUAUCAUUUCUUCAGAAGUCAAUUAUAAAAUAUUUGUUCGAUCCUGUUGAUUUCUUUUAAAUACACUUUAGAAAUGCCAGUCACAGAAUCCCCGACAGCUGUAGCUGUUCAGGACUACACUCAUUUGGAUGAUCCUGGGUUAAAUCAUUAUAUUUUCAUCACAAUAAUUUUGACCACGCUGUACAACUGUACUCGAUUUAAUUUUAUUUUGGAAUUUUGCUCGUUUACGUUGCAUUUUAUUUUGCACAUUUUUUUAGUUUAUAUUGUUGUUGUUGUUGUUUUACUGGAAAAAGUAUACACUUGAUGCUGAAAUAACUUUGAAAUGAAAGAAUUAGGCACAAUGUAACCAUGUUACAACAGCUUUCCCUGGAUUAGCUUAAUCAAACUUUGAAAUCACCUGGCCAACGAUCCUGUUUAUCUGGUUCACUCAAGAGCUGGAUUACAAAGUAAAACAUAGAGCACAUACAGUACUGAAGAUAACAGAGGCUCUUUGCUCGUGAAAGUCCUUGUCCAGUCUUCUGUGGCAUCUGAUCUGGAAACAAAAGUUUAAAAUAUUCAAUAAAGCUCAUCAGUUAUUUUCAGAACAGACCAAUUUCCCAUUAACAUUCAAACCUUGUUUUAUGGACACCCAAUUAAUACAGAAACCUAAUAAUUACGGACACUUUGCUCUGUCCCUGAGGAAAGAAAGCCCUCUCUAAAUCGAAGCUGCUUAAUCUAGACAUCCCGUUAAUAUGGACACUUUCUAUGGCCCCCUUAGUGCCCAUAUUUAAAAGGUUUAACUGCAUCACAUUUUCAUGAAUACCAGUGAGCAAACAUAUUGGAAUAAUUUACCACAUGAUUAUAAUAAUAAAUUAACACCCACCCCUUGACUAUACUAGCAAAUAACACUUGUGGUAUCAGUUUUAUAGAACUUUUACAAAUAUAAUUAUUACAAGUGUACAGAUGUAGCAAUAUGAUUUCAGACUGUUUCCACUGAUUUAGGACCAGUGGUUUUUUGGGCUUAAUUUAAGUUCCAGAGGCCUGUUUCUCAAAAGUCCCAGCAACUUUUCAGGCUCGAAAUCAAAUAUUCAAAUUGAAAUAUAAAGAAUAAAUGCAUUCAGUCAUUCCAAAUAUAAGACGUAAGCAAGAGGAGAUUUGAAAUGCACUCAUCAAGUUCACAGAAUACGAAUAUACAAGUCAGCACAGAUAUGCAGUCUACCAACUAUACCAUUAAAAUACGAAUGUGAAUUGCUCAGACCCUUCAGCUGUCAUACAGGUCAGUUCAGACAUCGGUCUGUCUUUUGAAACAGUCGGGUUAAAUGUCAGAUUAUUCUGCAUUGAUUCUGUUCAGCCAGAAUGAAAACCAACAGGCGGUCAGUUAUUCAGUUUGACAAAUCCUCGUUCGGCCAGUAUUCAAACCAGUAAGUCAGUAAUAACUUUGGAAUUUUUUUUCCCAUUAGCCAAACAAGUGACUUUAAAAGUCCUAGUCAUUCUAGUCACCCUAUCUAUCACAGCACCCCACUCCUCCCAGUCAUCCUAGUCAUUCCAGUCACCCUAGUCAUCCUAGUGAUCCCAGUCAUCCCAGUCACCCUAGUCAUCCUAGUGAUCCCAGUUAUCCCAGUCAUCCUAGUCAUCCCAGUUACCCUAGUCAUCCCCCUAGUCAUCCUAGUGAUCCCUGUUAUCCCAGUCGUCCUAGUCAUUCCAGUCACCGUAGUCAUCCUAGUGAUCCCAGUCAUCCCAGUUACCCUAGUUAUCCUGGUGAUCCCAGUCAUCUCAGUCGUCCCAGUCAUCCCAGUUACCCUAGUCAUCCUAGUGAUCCCAGUUAUCCCAGUCGUCCCAGUCAUCCCAGUCACCCUAGUCACCCUAGUCAUCCUAGUCAUUCCAGUCAUCCCAGUCACCCUAGUCAUCUUAGUGAUCCCAGUUAUCCUAGUCAUCCCAGUCGUCCUAGUCAUCCCAGUCACCCUAGUCAUCCUAGUGAUCCCAGUUAUCCCAGUCGUCCUAGUCAUCCCAGUCACCAUAGUGAUCCCAGUGAUCCCAAUCAUCCCAGUCAUCCCAGUCAACCUUGUCAUCCUAGUGAUCCCAGUUAUCCUAGUCAUCCCAGUCGUCCUAGUCAUCCCAGUCACCCUAGUCAUCCUAGUGAUCCCAGUCACCCUAGUCAUCCUAGUGAUCCCAGUCAUCCCAGUCACCCCAGUCAACCUAGCCAUCCUAGUGAUCCCAGUUAUCCUAGUCAUCCCAGUCGUCCUAG